CACGAGGAAAUGUAGCUCAGCGGCUUGUAACGGCAAGCAUAUGGACAGGUCCACGGCGUGGCAUUUAGGUGCUAAGAGAUGGCGGCACUUGUGGGGCUCUUCUCUGCCUGAGCAUCGGGCCCCCCAGGUACUGGGAGAGCCGGCUCAGAUCCUGCUGGGCUCCUUGCCUGAACAAGCCUUCUCUUCCAGCCCCGGCAGUCCAGCGGCUGAACUGCUCGUUUUCUCUUAAUGAUGGGCAUCGGUAAGAACACCACGUCCAAAUCCAUGGAGGCCGGAAGUUCAACUGAAGGCAAAUACGAAGAUGAAGCGAAGCACCCUGGUUUCUUUACUCUUCCGGUGGUGAUAAAUGGAGGUGCCACGUCCAGCGGUGAACAGGACAAUGAAGAUACGGAGCUCAUGGCAAUCUACACGACGGAGAAUGGCAUCGCAGAAAAGAGCUCUCUUGCCGAAACCUUGGAUAGCACUGGCAGUCUAGACCCCCAGAGGUCGGACAUGAUUUAUACCAUAGAAGACGUCCCCCCCUGGUACCUGUGCAUAUUUCUGGGGUUACAGCACUACCUGACCUGUUUCAGUGGCACCAUCGCCGUGCCCUUUCUGCUGGCCGAUGCUAUGUGUGUGGGGUACGACCAGUGGGCCACCAGCCAGCUCAUCGGGACCAUUUUCUUCUGCGUGGGAAUCACAACCUUGCUGCAGACAACGUUUGGAUGCAGGUUACCCCUGUUUCAGGCCAGUGCUUUUGCAUUUCUGGCCCCUGCUCGAGCCAUCCUGUCUUUAGAUAAAUGGAAAUGUAACACCACAGAUGUUUCAGUGUCCAAUGGAACCACAGAGCUGCUACACACAGAGCACAUCUGGUACCCCCGGAUACGUGAGAUCCAGGGUGCCAUCAUCAUGUCCUCACUGAUAGAAGUGGUCAUCGGCCUCCUCGGCCUGCCUGGGGCUCUGCUGAAAUACAUCGGGCCCCUGACCAUUACGCCCACGGUGGCCCUCAUCGGGCUGUCUGGCUUCCAGGCGGCAGGAGAGAGAGCGGGGAAGCACUGGGGCAUCGCCAUGCUGACAAUUUUCCUAGUAUUAUUGUUUUCGCAGUAUGCCAGAAAUGUUAAAUUUCCUCUCCCAAUUUACAAAUCCAAGAAAGGAUGGACUGCAUACAAGUUACAGCUUUUCAAAAUGUUCCCUAUCAUCCUGGCCAUCCUUGUGUCCUGGCUGCUGUGCUUCAUCUUCACAGUGACUGACGUCUUCCCUCCCGACAGCACAAAGUACGGCUUCUAUGCUCGGACGGACGCCAGGCAGGGUGUGCUUCUGGUAGCCCCGUGGUUUAAGGUCCCGUACCCGUUUCAGUGGGGCCUGCCCACCGUCUCCGCAGCUGGUGUCAUCGGCAUGCUCAGCGCAGUGGUUGCCAGUAUUAUUGAGUCCAUCGGGGACUAUUACGCCUGCGCAAGGCUCUCCUGUGCCCCGCCGCCCCCCAUCCAUGCAAUCAACAGGGGGAUUUUCGUGGAGGGUCUCUCCUGUGUUCUCGAUGGCAUAUUUGGUACUGGGAAUGGCUCUACUUCAUCCAGUCCCAACAUUGGCGUUUUGGGAAUUACUAAGGUCGGCAGCCGCCGGGUGAUCCAGUACGGCGCGGCCCUCAUGCUGGCGCUGGGCAUGAUCGGCAAGUUUAGUGCCCUCUUCGCCUCCCUCCCGGAUCCGGUGCUCGGCGCCCUCUUCUGUACUCUCUUCGGAAUGAUCACAGCUGUUGGGCUCUCCAACCUGCAGUUCAUCGACUUAAAUUCUUCCCGGAACCUCUUUGUGCUUGGAUUUUCGAUCUUCUUUGGUCUCGUCCUUCCAAGUUACCUCAGACAGAACCCUCUCGUCACAGGAAUAACAGGAAUCGAUCAGGUGUUGAAUGUUCUUCUCACAACUGCUAUGUUUGUAGGAGGCUGCGUGGCUUUUAUCUUGGAUAACACCAUCCCAGGUACUCCAGAGGAAAGAGGAAUCAGGAAAUGGAAGAAGGGUGUGGGCAAAGGGAGCAAGUCGCUCGAUGGCAUGGAAUCCUACGAUUUGCCAUUUGGCAUGAACAUUAUUAAAAAAUACAGAUGCUUCAGCUACUUACCCAUCAGCCCAACCUUUGUGGGCUACACGUGGAAAGGCCUCGGGAAGAGUGCCACCAGCCGGAGUUCGGACGAGGACUCACAGGCCACGGUAUAGCUGUAGGUCACCCUGUGGCCCAGCCGCAGUGAGGCAUGAAGCUGUAGUUCCUUGCUGAGUAACAAGCAGUAACAUAUAUGUUUGUAUAUCUGCAUUUACCUUCUGCACCCAGGGCUAAGACGAUUACAGAUAGCUUUUUUGUUGUGGGUGGUGAUCGUGUCUAAUAUCGUGUCUCACUGGUCUCCUUAUUUAAGCCCUACCCCUUGCCCUUGAGAGCAUCCAUUGAACUUCCUCUCCUCCUGUGGGAGUGGGUGUUUGAAAUCCACAGUGGUUCCUUGGUUUUGGUCUCCUCCUACCACCCUGGGCUAGCUUUCUCACGAGCCGCUGCCACGGUCCAGGGGCUUUCUGUCCCAGAAGCACUGGACCUGCUUCUGUUUUAUUUGACUUCAGCCUGCAACCCGCAGAGACCCCCUCUGGUCAAGGGACACCAGUCUCCUCGCACUGUCACAACUGAGGGUCAAAGGUGAUUCUGUGUUCCCUGAUCCUCCUGUAGGAGGACGCUACUGACCUGAUUGAAAACCGUGACAUGGUUACCCCAGGCCCGUGUCUGUGCAUGGGUAAGGUCUGUACAGGUAUUAUUAGAACUGAAAUCUGUUUGGGGGAUUGGAGGGAAAGGGAAAGUACCUUGAAGUCAUAUCUGAUCUUCAACUGCUCUUUCUUGGUGCCCCCCAGGCCGGGCUGGGCCAGCACAUUUCAUAGGCGGCUUUGUCACUCUGAUUGAGACACUCUAUCUGACAUUUGUCACUCUGGGCCGAUGUGAUGGGUAGAGUGCCACACAAGGGCACUAAGCAGAUGUGUAUGGGAGUCUUGACUCUGCUGUCAUGUGGAUGUCGGUUACUGUUGCGCUUGUCUAUAAAUUACAAGAUUUUAUUCCUAUUUAAUGUUAAUGACUAUAGCAGGUUUUUGAAAUCAGUGUUUUCCAUGUGACCCUCUUACCGUGCAUCCCUAUUACUUGUCCCCUACCCCUCACCUCCCUUUAAGAAAAGAACCAGCAUUUGUAAAGCUGUGGACACCAUCAGGGAAGCUUGUCGUCAUGGCUUUUGAAGGCCAGUAACCAUUAUUGUGGUUGUGUUUUGUAUUGCUUGAUACCAUGAAAGUGUAAAUACUGUAAUGCCUAAUCUAUUUAUCAAAACUGACUACUGGACCAGAGCCCAGAAACCAUG